UGUCCGCCCUGUUAACCAAAAAAAAACGACACACAAGAACUAAGGAACGCGGGUUGUUUCAUCAGCGAACGUGAAGUCAACUGUAUUUGGUCGUGUUGUCAACUGUAUUUGGUCGUGUUGUCGAGCCUUCGAACAUUCUAAAGUAAACCCAAAGGAUCUCUCCUGCUCCGUCUUAACUCUUCACCGCUCUGCUCAGUCAACCCCUUCAGCUUUGCAGCUCCCUCCGCAGACGCGACCAUGGUAGACAAGAUGGCCUCCUUUGGCCGGAUCUUGUUGCGACGCAGGGUACUGGACUGCUCCGAUGAGGGAAGCCGAUUCGCCCGCUGCCUCUCCACACUGGACCUGGUGGCCCUGGGGGUGGGCUCUACGCUAGGGGCAGGGGUGUACGUCCUAGCUGGUGAGGUAGCCAGGGAGAAGGCUGGUCCUGCCAUCGUGCUCUGCUUCCUCAUCGCUGCGCUCUCCUCCAUGCUGGCCGGACUCUGUUACGCCGAGUUUGGCGCCCGCGUACCCAAGACUGGUUCGGCGUACCUGUACAGCUACGUGACGGUUGGCGAGAUCUGGGCUUUUAUCACGGGGUGGAACCUCAUCCUCUCCUAUGUCCUCGGUACAGCCAGUGUGGCCCGAGCCUGGAGCUCUAAUUUCGAUAGCCUGGUAGAGCAGAGGAUAUCAGACUUCUUCAGGUCGUCCAUGGCCAUGAGCGCCCCGGGGGGGGUGCUGGCUGAAUACCCGGACCUGUUUGCGCUCAUCCUCGUGCUCUUAUUAACCGGGCUGCUGGCGUUUGGCGUGAGUGAGUCGGCUCUGGUGAAUAAGAUCUUCACAGGGGUCAACCUGGUGGUGCUGGGCUUCGUCAUCAUCUCAGGCUUUGUGAAGGGAGACACAGUUAACUGGAACCUUACUUUGGAGGACUUUAACAAUGCAAGUAACACCAACGUGUCCAGCUUAUCCAAAGAGGUUGUGGAUAAGACGUUUGGCACUGGUGGUUUUGCUCCUUUUGGCCUCCGUGGCAUUCUGUCUGGUGCUGCCACGUGUUUCUAUGCCUUUGUGGGGUUUGACUGCAUCGCCACUACAAGCGAAGAGGCUAAGAACCCAACUCGUUCCAUCCCUGUGGGCAUCGUGGCCUCUCUGCUCAUCUGUUUCUUCGCCUACUUCGGGGUGUCUGCGGCCCUUACACUCAUGAUGCCCUACUACCUGCUGGACACCAAGAGCCCCCUGCCAAAGGCCUUCAUCCACGUAGGCUGGCCUGCUGCUCACUACAUCGUGGCUGUGGGCUCCCUCUGUGCUCUCUCCACCAGCCUGCUUGGGUCCAUGUUCCCCAUGCCGAGGGUUAUCUACGCCAUGGCAGAGGAUGGGCUCCUGUUCCGUGGCCUGUCCCGCAUGAACACGCGUACAAAGACGCCCCUGAUGGCCACCAUCGUCUCUGGCUGUGUGGCAUCUCUGAUGGCCUUCCUCUUUGACCUGGCUGCCCUGGUUGACCUCAUGUCCAUAGGGACACUGCUGGCCUACUCACUAGUGGCCAUCUGUGUGCUCAUCCUCAGGUACCAGCCGGGCACCCUGAGCUCGUCCAGUCAGAGUGAGAAGCUGGUGGAGCUGGUGGGAGGGGAGAAGGUGGCCGUGUCCGGGCGAGACAGCGGUGACGAGGACGGCCUGGAUCUGGAGGACCGACCCCUCCGGGAGAAGUUCACCCCCCGCCGCCUCCUCUUCCCCAGCGGGAAUCUACCCACUAAGAUCUCUGGGAACAUCGUCUAUGCCACCACGGCCAUUAUCUCGGUGCUCAUCACUGUGCUGUGUGUGGUUUUGGCGGGGAAGCUGGAUGAGUUGAUCGAGGUUCAGCCUGUGUGGGUCACGGUGUGUGUAGUACUGGCCUUGCUCUGUGCACUUUGUGUCGUCAUCAUCUGGAGGCAACCCGAGAGCAAGGAAGCUCUCACCUUCAAGGUGCCCUUGUUGCCUUGGCUGCCUCUGUUCAGUGUCUUUGUCAACAUCUACCUCAUGAUGCAGCUGGACCUGGCUACGUGGUGCCGCUUUGCUGUUUGGAUGGGCAUUGGAUUUGCAAUCUACUUCUGCUACGGGAUCUGGCACAGCAGCGAGGCAGUCAACAGCACCCCCCGGAAAUACGAGCCUGCCCUCCAGACCAAGAAGAAGCCCAUCUACCUGGGGAGAGACGAGAGUGAGGCGGAGGGGAUGAGUCCCUGAACGGCUAGGGGCUGGAGGAAACCCCACACGUUAUACCACUGAAGGGAAGGCAGACAAUUCAACUGACACUGCAAUGUGUGUCUCUAGAUUGGUUUACCUUUCAUUUUUGGGAGAUCUGUCUUACACUUUAUUGGACAGUUGAUGAGUAAUACUUUCAACACUCAAAGUUGCUAUUAAGAUUACUAGUGAUUUUUUUUAUUUAUUUAUUAACCGUUAGUCUCUUGCUAGUUGGUGGCCGUGCCUCCAAUCGUUAGCCCCCCAGCAGCAAUAUGCUGUACAGGAUCUGUUGGUUAGGGCCAUAUGUAUUACUGGGUACCAGUGGGUCUGUGGGGUUUACAGUCUUGGUCAGGGCCUCCGUAGACUUGUUAACCGUGCCGAGGCCCGAUGUGGGCGUUUUUUUUUUUUUUUUUUUUUUAAUUUUUAUUUUAAAUUUUACCUUUUAUUUAACCAGGCAAGUCAGUUAAGAACACAUUCUUAUUUUCAAUGACUGCCUAGGAACAGUGGGUUUAACUGCCUGUUCAGGGGCAGAACGACAGAUUUGUACCUUGUCAGCUCGGGGGUUUGAACUUGCAACCUUCCGGUUACUAGUCACACGCUCUAACCACUAGGCUACCCUGCCGCCCCUGGGAUGACUGUCGUAGACGAGCUGUCCUCCACCUCCAAAGAGCAACCGAUUUAACAGUAGUACCUUGUGCACCUAGUUGCAGAAAUUAGAAUUUUUGUUGUUGGUGUCAGCUUCUUCAGUAAGCUGCAUGAGAUGGAAAUAUCACCAGGGAGACCUCAAACUACAUAUCCUAUAAUGUUAAAGGCGUUUAUGAACAAUCCGUUGCCGGUGAUUCUUUCUGUCGUACAUUUUGUCUUCGAACGUAUGGUAAAAAUAGUCAAAGUAAUGAUGUAUGUUAUUUUCAUGGUGAUGUAAGUCCCUGUGUUACUUGCCUCUGAGGUCCAUCCAAAGAAUUGACUGAGGUAAAUAUCAACCUUUUGGAGGGUGAUAACGCAUCCAGGCACCUCUGCACUGUCUGCUGAAUAGUCUUUAAUUUCGGUAUCAUCAUUGGGGCUGUUCUGUACUCUUGUAAACCCCUUUUUAUAUGCAUUUCUAUUUAUCUCUGGAGUUUUGAUUUACAAAUUCGAGCUACCCUUUUUAUAUGUAAAUACUUGAGUUUGAGAUCUCUGCCUCGAUUGCUUGAGCUGUCUACAGACGUAGAUUUAACUGUCAAACAAAGAAAUUACCCGCGUGAUCUAGACGAUGCGCUGUGAUUCUUUUUUUAAAGACAGUGAUUUUAGUCCUGGUCAGCUAUUACCACUAAUAUUACUUUAGUUGUAGCUUCUUGUGAACCUAUUUUCACAAACAUUUUUAGUUUCCAUUGAAACUUGUUCUUGGCAGCUUGGCUGUCGGGUUUGCAUCAUUUUAGUCAUCUAUUUUCCUGCUCUGCCCUUCAACUGACUUUAAUCGAGUAAUGUGCUUUUUAUAGAUGUUUUGUGUUCAUGUACUCUUGAUUACCCCCUUGCUUUUAAUGUGUUACUGUGUAUAGCAAAACUUGCUUCACCAAAUAAUUGACAGGUCUACUCGUGAAUCUAUUUGUUAAUAGUCACUAGUUGUGGUGCUGCUUGACCAAAUUACAUUUUGCUUUGGAGACACUGGUUCAAGAACAUGAGUAUGACCAGCAAAAACUGGUCUCUAAAUUUGAACUUUAUUUGCUCAUCUCCAAAGACCCUGGAGAUGGCGAGGAUAAUUGAUAGAUAUGGUAUUGUAG